AUGAGUUCAUAUCCUUGCACAAAAUGCCCAAUUUCUAUCAAAAACUCCACAACUCAAUACCCUCAUCCAAGAACACCAACAUCUACAAAACAGAAAAUUUCUUAUCCUAAAUCCCUCAUCUCUCAAAUUUCACUCUCCGGUAGUUCAUCUCAGAGUCACCAAAAAAUAAGAACAAACAGUGUAAAUUCUGAGGAUAGCUUUCCGACCAUGUCAGAAAUCAUGGAAGCAUCGAGAUCCCAAAAUCUUGAUCUUCAGCUGAAAACAUUAGGACCCUUUUUCAGAAUCACAGCAAAGAGCUUAAAAACCCAAAGAGACCUUGGAAAAGCUGAGGGUUUGAUAAGGGUUUGGUUUCAAGGUAAAAUUCUACAUUUAGACUCAAUCAGACUUCAGAGAGAAACUUUGGGGAUGGAAAAAUCAAUAUUUGGGAUUGGAUUGUUUAUUGGAGCAGUCGCAAUUAGGCAUGGUUAUGACUCUGGUUGUACAAAAGCUGAAUUGCUCGCCAUUUAUGAUACUGAGCUUUACCACACAAAGCUUGUGAAAUUCUACACAAGGAUUGGCUUCAAGACAGUUCACCAAGUUAAUGGUGAAUCACUUGGAGAUGUUGGUCACAUGUUAGUCUGGGGAGGCGUUGGAACUCGAAUGGAUGCAGAAAUUGAAGAUCUUCUAGUAAAAUGGUGCACCAGAUUUAAACCAAAGAGUUGAUUUUACUUCAACCGUUCAACGAGCUC